GAAAUGUUUUUGGAUAUUAGAAUAGAUCAGUCUAAAGAAAAUAAAAAUAGAGCGAUAGAUAUUUAAUGUAAAAUGCCUACGCUCAUAUUUGGAAUACAAAGCCACCGUUGGGUGUGUUUCUUACAGCAAUAACAGGUUGAAAUACCCCGGAGGCAGACGGAGUGUGCCACUGCCAUGACCUCGUACCUCUGGGAUGCAAAAGGACAUUGACAUGAUGCACAACCAAGCUGCUACUCAAGAACACGUGAGCCAGUCUUUCCAGUGUAGUCAUUGUAUACUCAAUUUCAAAACCAAGGUCUUCUUAUUCGAUCACCUCAACAACGUGCAUGGGGCUGCCAGAAGCGCUGGUUUGAUUAAUAAUACCAAGAGUGACGCCUUGGCAAAUACCCCGGAAGGAAGCCAACUUGCUAGUUUUGAAACUGGUCGCCUGGAGGUUCUGAAGGAACGGGAGCUUAACCAGGAGGAAAACAGCAAUAACUUGGAUGAAGAAGUUUUCAAAAUCCAAGAGCUCAUAUCGGCGGAUCAGGAGACAGACGGCGAAGAGGCGGAUGACCUCCCUACCUCAAAUACGAAAGCCUCGUCAAAGGAUUUGAAGACGUACGAGAAGCCGCUACAGACCACCUCCAUCGCCAACUAUUUUGUAGUCGGCCCUCAGUCGAAUGAGACAUCCUCUGAGAAGUCGAGCGAUCGCUCUGAGCGCGAUGACGACAAAGACGGCAGCAGUGACGACGGUAGCAACAGCAGCAGUGACUUUAACGUUGACGCCCCCUCGGCCUCCCUCGAUAUCGCCAACAAAAUGACGUUCUUGCAAUACCAUCACCUUUAUGAAGCUGAUCUGACACCCCCCAUAGAUCAAGUCAAAGAGCUCAGUUGUGAGAAAACGGCAAACAAAAAGACCGAUAAGGCAAAGGAGGAGACGGGUCCAGUGACGGAGAACAAAACCACAUUGGAAUCGUCGGACAGGAAAGGGCUGUCCUUUGAAGUGAGCGAAGAUGAGGAUGAAAAUGCAACGGUGAACCCCCGGAGUUACCGUUGCAAGCAUUGUAGCCACAAAGACGAGAGCCUAAAACGCAUGCAUGCUCAUUAUCACAAAGCCCACCCUUACGUACGAUAUCGCUCAAACUACAUCCAAGAUCCCAGCGAUCGCAGCGCUACCUUCCGGUGCCUCGUCUGUCCGGUUGACUUUUCCAGCGAAGUCGACCUCAGGAAGCAUUACAGCGACGAGCACCCGGGGGCUCCGGAUAUUUUCUCACUGCAUCGACGUCAACUCGGCCUGCUUUUCAAAUGUUUUAGGUGUGCAUUUACCUCGGGUGCAUUGGAUAUGCUUAAAGAGCACUACGAAGAAAUGCAUCCGACACACAAGCCCCUGAAAUCAUUGAUGCUCCUGAAAUACUUGCCCACCCAAUCCCAAGAAGGCCCGCCACUGUCGAAAGAACGUGAGAAGACACCCGGUUUAGCAAAACCUCCACGCGCCUCUCCUGAGAGUGGGCCAAAUGUCACCUCGUACCGAUGCCACCUCUGUCCUUUCAGCCACACGUCUGUGAUUGUCAUGCAUGUCCACUAUCAAAAAAAUCACGCGGAAGAAGAGGUCACGUUUGACAGAAUAAAACAACUCGCUUGUGUCGCCAAGAAGAUGCCGGGCGAUCCAAACUCGACCGGAGAAACCGACAAAGUGAAAAGAAAAAGCUCACAUUCAUUGAUGAAGCCGCCUGAAUCCCAUUCAGAGGCUCCUCCCACCAAGAAAGUCAAGUCCUCAGAGGACAGAAAUGAAGGAAGCGAUUCGUCGCCUCAACGUAGAACACAACCUACCGAUGACACACAAAAAACUGUAGAAGGAACAUUGAAGCAAAACGCCAAGAUGAAGCUCCAGAAACUCGUAGCCAAGGUCUCGUCAAGAACUACCUCGAAAGCCAGCAAACAAAUGAAAUCCAGCAGGGACGAACUUAAGCAAAAAGACGGCAUCAAACCUGCCACUUCACUUCCGCGGUUCAACUGUUACGCUAAUGCCCGGGAUUUGUUUUACUGCUAUAAGUGCAACUACGGGAAUCCUUCUGUUAAAGGAGUAAAAGCCCAUCAAGUCCAAAUACAUCAAAAUAUUCAUGCCAGUAACGAAAGUAUUGUCGCUUACACAUCGAAAAUUCACGAUGAGUUAGAAAAAUCCAGAACCCAAGCUAAAGAUCCGUCUUGGUCUCCUCCGCUGCCACUUCCUCUCCUGAAAAAAGGAGACGAAGAGAUGUUUUUCUGCCACUUCUGCAACUACAGACGACGGGCCAUGUGCGAGGUCAUCCAUCACUACAUCCAAAGACAUCCUGGAUUUGAGGCCACGGCGGAAGAAAUCCAUCUGUACACGUCCACGCUUCUCCAAAAGCUGCAGAUGACACCGCAGAAGGCGGAAGAAGUCGGAGAAGCGGGCGGAGAAUCUGUUGAGGAACCACAAAAUAAAACCACAAAAAUCAAAAUACCCAAAGCCUCUCAGAAGAUCAAGAACCUUCAGUGCCACGACUGCAUUUACAAGACUCACAGCACAAGUCUUUUCAGGAUCCAUAUGCAGAAAUGCCACCGAGUGAAUAACUCCAGCUCGGGGGUUUUAAAAGUUUACCUGAAGCAAGAAAACGUUCAGUCAGGCUACCGCUGCGACUUGUGCCCUUUCGCUCACAAGAAAUCAAUCAUGUUGUACAAACACUACCGUCAAGAACACCCCGAAAGUCGAUCCAGUCUGGAUUUCAUCACCACCAGCUUACAGGACGUCCACAAGAAGUCUUCCAGCAAGAAGAAAAGCCAAAUAAAGCGAGAGCUUGACAGUGCGGAUGAAACGGAUGGUCUUCUGCAGAAUGAAACCAGGACGCAUUCAUGUCGGGCGUGUUCUUUCAAAGGCAGCUCCGUGGCAAGCAUCAAAGACCACUACCGUGCCGUCCAUCCUUGGUGUGUCAAAGAUGACGGCUCGGUCCCCAGCGACGGCAGCAGGAAGAAGCCAAACGGCAGCAAAAGCGAGGAAGACCGCAAAGAAUUGGACUCCUUUGACGACUACCAAAUUCCUCUGGAGUUUGAAAAGUUGUCGUCUCCGUCUCCCGAACCCGAGGUCUCGCCGCCUUCUCCGUGUGGUAACGACGCUGCCCGCAACACUAAAGAAACCAAACCUGCAACUGGAAGUACUGUGAAAAAACAAGACCACACCCGGAAGCGCGUGCAUGUCUUUAAGUGUGCGUACUGUUCCUACGUGAACACCAAGCGUCAAGGGGUGCUCACUCACUGCCAGAUGCGGCACACGGACCUCAAGUCCAGAGCAGAGAGUCUUCACGUGGAUGAAAAACACGUACGCGACUGGGCGGACUGCAUGAAAAGAAAAGGACACUGGGACAUGCAUAAGCCAUUUCGGGGCCACAUAUGUAAACUCUGCCCCCGAAUCCAUGCCAAUGUGGAGAAUCUCAAAAAACACUACGAGCGGGACCACGACGAGGCCCCCCCACCCGACAUCGAGGCAGAUAUAGGGAAAGGUAAACAAAAGAAAAUCCCGAAUAACUCCAUUUCCGCAUACAAGAAUAAAAUCACGCUAUUCAGAUGCCAACAAUGCAUCUACACCUGCAGCACUAAAAUAGCAUUUGGCCGACACAUGCGCUUUAAGCACAAAAACGCCGCUCUUCAGGAUUGUCGCUACAAUUGCGUCUUAUGUUCUAAUUCUUACUUCAAGAAGAAACGUCUUGGAAUCCAUUAUACCACAAAGCACGGCCAGGAUGCCUACCAGAAAUACUUCAUACCGCUACAUGAUCAUACUCCGGAGCAGCCGCCGCAAGCACCUGCCGCCAGUCCACAGCCGCCAGAUACAGAUACCAACCCGAGUACCGUUGCCAAAUUAAAAAAAAUAGUCUUCAGGUGCCCGUGUUGCCCCUAUGUCAACUCCCGCCACCAUGGAAUGUCCAUUCACUGCCAAAUGCUUCACGCAGACUUCGCAGUCAGGAUCGAGGAAUUUGUAAAGGAUGAAAUUUUUAUCAAAAGCACUUACCAAUCGGGGACCAACAACAAAAGAGGCUACCUGUGUAACGUAUGUCUGGGAAUUUUUGUAUCGCAAAAGAAGCUUAGUAUCCACUGUGCGAAAAAACACAACCCGGAUGCGGUUCCGACGGCUUCCCAACAUGCUGCUGAAAAACCGGCAUCCAAAGAUCAGGAUUCUCUCGGCUCACCAUCGGAGGCUCCAGCACAGAAUGAGAGAGAUGCCCAGUCGGACGCUCGGCGGAAAAAGGCGGCGGAUCAUCAUCGCCUGUACAAGUGCUCACUUUGUCCGUACUCAUCGCAGAUACGAAAGCGUCUUGCGGGGCAUUACACCAAAGAACAUGGAAAGCCCGCCUUCCUUAAACACUUUGCCCAGCAGUACCUGUAUCCAAAAGCGAAAAAAGCGCACCCGGCGUCUCCGGACGAUGUCGUAACCGAGGAACAGGAAGACGAGGCGCAACAGUCAAACGCGGUAGAACCCGAGGGGAUGAUCUACGAGUGUCGAAUAUGUGACUAUAAAACGGGGGCUCGAAGGUACCUGACGUAUCACUACAAUAAGACUCACCAACUGGAUGCAGUCACCAGAUACAAGCUGCUAAAGGAGUACAACAAACGCAAAAGAAGCCCCCCCCCCCACCUGCUAAAAGAGUUGGACAGCUCUGAUGACCAGCUGCCGAAAAACGAAGAGGAGCGCUCGGAUGAUAAAUGCCUGACGGUAGAUUCGGAAGUGCGCUCUGACAAUAAAUGCAAGAAGUGCCCCGACUUGGUCUUUGACUCGCCGGAGCUGCUGCUCAGCCACUACAAUGGCGUGCACCGCGCCAACAAGCGUUUGGACUUCACUAUAAUAUAUCCGCUGGGCCGCUCCACAGGCGUUUACAGAUGCACCCGCUGCCUCAAACAGAUGAAUGGAAUUCGAAAGCUGUGGCACCACCUGGAUCUCCACCGGGAGAAAAUAAUGAAGGCCAAAAAGAGGAAGUUACAAGCGUUCUCGCCAAAACCAUCACAGCCCAAACAAGAUGACUUGCAGGUGUCCGAUACCGUGAGGGAGGUCUCUGAAGGCAACAUACCGGAAGAGCAACACGUCUUGGCGUCGCCGUCCAAACCCGUGGAGGAAGAGCAACGGGAUGCGGAAUUGGGGAACGAGGUGCACGGAUGCGCACAUUGCCAGCGAACGUUCAAGUCGAUCAACGGUUUGCGGACGCACGAGCGAAGCCAUGCAACGUUGGCGGCCCUCAAGAAGCUGCCAUCGACACAGUCACAGCUCAGCCUCAACAAGUAUCUCCUCCACAAGCCUGGGACCAUCAGGCCGUUCCAGUGCAGAAUCUGCUUCUAUCGGACCAACUUGAUAGGCCUUUGGAACAACCAUUUGCUGAAGAAGCACCUAGAUGUCAUCAUACAGACCUCUGAAACCGACGACCAAGAGGAGACUCACAGUGCCGAGAGCGAUCGUCCACCGUUAUGCCAUGACCAAGCACCCAAAAAUAAUGAAGGGCGUACUAAAGACUGGUACUUGGAGCCCCCGGAGGUACGGCGUCAGCUGAGCCACCUCAGCCUGAUGGCGCAAAACGGCGCCUCGGCCGAAGCCAACAAACAGGCCCCCAGGGCAACGGACAACGGCCCCUUUCACUGCGAGUACUGCGGCUUCAUUUCCGAGAGCCUACCCAGUCUGCGGCGACACUACAUGAGUCGCCACGGCAGGAAGUUGUUCCGGUGCAAGAACUGCGACUUCUUCACCGGUUUAAGGAAAACCCUGAAGAUGCACAUGGAGACGGAUCAUUCCACCUUCCAAAAAGAACCCCCUCCCCACGACGGUGUCCGCUGCCCGUUCUGCCUCUACGAGACCAAGAACAAGAACAACAUGAUCGACCACGUCCUGUUGCAUCGUGAGGAACGCGUCGUCCCCAUGGAGGUGCGGCGCCCGAAGCUCUCCCGCUACCUUCACGGCAUCGUCUUCCGCUGUCACAAGUGCACGUACACGAGCGCCAGCGCCGAGAACCUGCGCUCGCACGUGGCCAAGCAUGACAACGUCAAGCCCUACCGGUGCCGCCUGUGCUACUUCGACUGCGUUAAGCUGAGUGCCUUGGAGGCCCACCUGUGUAGUAAACAUCAAGUUGUGAGAAACCACGAGCUUGUGGGUCAGGUGAAUUUGGACCAGCUGGAGAUGAAGGUCAACAGGAAGACUGAAGAGGUGGAGGAGGAAGAAGAAGAAGAGGAGGAGGAAGAAGAGGAGGACGAGGAGGGGUCCCGUGUGGAGCACCAGGACAUGGAAACUGAGGAUGGCUUUACAGAUUUAAAAGAAGAAACUCCGAAGAAGGGAGGUAGGAAGCUCGCAGAGGAUGCUGUGAGGAUGAAGGAAAGCAACUGUGUAGAUAAGAAGAUGCAGGAGCAGCAGGAGGAGGUGAGAGAGACAUUCAGGCCAAACACAGAGGAACCAGAGAAUAAUUCCGACCUCCAAAGUGAGCACAGAAGCUCACUCAGAACAACAGAAGAAGAAGAAGGAGGAAAGCAGGAUGCCGUGGUGGAGGGUAGCUCCAAGAAACGCCACAAGUUGAAACUGAAGUCCCUCAAGGACAAGACGCUGGACAUCGAGGCGCAGGUGGAAAAGGACAUACUGCGCCACAUCCUGCAGCUGAACGAGGACGUGGACCUCCGCAAGCCUCGCAGGAAGGUGGAGGAGCAGCGAAGCGUCUGCGUGCAUCAGAUCCUCUCCCAGGAUGACAAAGCCGGGAGGGACUUCAAGCAGGAAACGGACAGACGGAGCAGUACUUUGAUGGAAAGCUCCACAGACGAUACAGCCGACAGAAGCAAGUUGGGUGACUGUUACGGACACAGGGCGAUAUCUGGUGAGGGAUGUCUGAAGGAGGAAAGGAGCCCCGUCACACUGAAUGACGGGAAAGGACAUGAGGAGGUGGAGGAGAAACGUGUGAAGCUUGAGGAACAUCAGGAGGAAGAACAAGCAGGAAGGACAUCUGAGCUGCAAAGUGUGUCGGAGGCCGGGGAUGUGGCUGUUCCCAAGGAGAAGACAUUCCCUUGUGAGUUGUGUGGACGAAUCCUCAAAAGUGAAUCGGAGCUCGGGCGCCACGCCUCUCGCCACGGAAUGUAGAAGAAGCCUUCACGUACACGAACGCGGGCCAGAAGCAUUGAAACUCUAAUUCCAAAACAUUUCAGAUAUCCUGCCUUUAAUGUUACAUUUUUUACAUUUUAAACAUUUUCUAACGGAUUAUGUUUCUUUUAUGUUAAAUAUUAAGUUUUGUUUAUUAGAUUAAAUAAAGCUUUAGAAAACAGCCGUUAAAUGUGUGACAUUUUCAUUUAGCUCUCCGUUUUAGGACUUUCAUGUGAACAACAAGUCUACUACUGUACUGUAAAAACAAAAAUACAACAAAAAAAAGUUUUAUUUUAUUUUUUUUUUACCAAAAACUGGACCAAACUCCAAAAUCCUGAAGUGAUAUUGUUGCUUUCAAGGAAUAUAGGACGUUUGUGCCUUCCUGUCUCGUGUCAAACCAUGCCAACAGUAAUAAACUUUUGUUUGUUUUUUUACAGCGUGAUGUUUUCAAUAAAAUGGUUUCGUUCCAUUUCA